AUGACCGACUUGGAGAGAGUUCAAAACGCUGUGUUGCGCUCCAUUUCUCGAGCCAAUCGCUUUGGCCAGUCUUCCAUCGCUGAGUCAGUAGAAACUGAUAUACUCCCUGACGAUGGAAGUUACCUGAUGAAGAUAUCUAUUGGCACUCCACCCGUAGAGAGAUGGGCAGUUGCAGACACAGGAAGUGAUCUUAUUUGGUUCCAAUGCAAACCUUGUCCCCAACCUCAGUGCUACGGCCAAAAGGCACCGCUCUUUGAUCCAAGAAAUUCUUCCACGUAUAUGUCUUUGUCAUGUCGAUCACUCCCUUGUAACGCUCUGCCCCGUCACUACGUGCAAGGCCAAACCUAUCCUCGAUGUGGAUCAUCCAAUGUGUGUACCUAUUUUUAUUCUUAUAGGGAUAACUCCUACACAAUGGGGGAACUGGCCACAGAAUCAGUUAGUUUCGGCCGAAAUGUUUUGUUUCCUAAGACGGCAUUUGGGUGUGGACACAACGACAAUGGACUAUUCAACGAGAACGACGCAGGACUUGUGGGGCUCGGUCAAGGGAGCUUGUCUUUAGUUUCACAAAUGGGAAAAGUAGGUCACAAAUUCUCGUACUGUCUGCCUCCUUACAGUCCAAAGACCACAACUAAACUAAGGUUUGGGGAAGCAGCCACCAUAUCAGGAAAUGGGCUUGUGUCCACUCCACUGAUCACAAAAAAUGGUUCCUUGUCGUUGUUUUACUUCCUCAACCUUGAAGGUAUCACUGUUGGAAAACAGACAGUGCGGACAGGUCAAAGCAAUGGGAACAUAUUUAUUGAUUCUGGGACGACAUUGACAAUGCUUCCAUCAAGCUUUUAUGAGCAGAUUGAAGCUUUGGUGAAGCAAGCGAUUGGAGCCAACCAAUUCAUAGUACAGAACAAUCAUUACAAAUUGUGUUACAGAAAUGCUAACUCCAUCCAGAAUUUCCCAAAUUUUGAGGUUCAUUUCACAGGAGCCAACCUUUCCUUAAAACCUCAGAACUUUUUCCGUCGCAUAUCCAACGAUGUUAUAUGCUUUGCAAUGCUUCCUACAGAUGGAACGCCCAUUUACGGAAAUGUGGCUCAGAUUGAUUUUGAGGUGGAGCAUGAUCUUGAUCGGAAAAAAGUUUCUUUUGCUCCUGCCGAUUGUACUAAACAGUAG